AUGGGAUUGGUCAAGGCAAGUGUGGAGACCUUGAACGACUUCGAGAAGGAAUGGAUCUCCCAGAAAACCAUCGAGCCCCAAAUACAAAUAUUGCAACAGUUUGAGUCACCAAAGAAAGUUUCUCAGCUGAGCCUUGAGCGGCAAGAGCUCCUAGGACGACUGACAGCUGCUGAAGUCAGGGCUAUAACGAAGUAA